CAGCAAAAAGCAGCACAAAGCAAAGAGAAGGGCAUCUCUCUCACUCUCGUCUUCUUCCAAGAAAACAUAUCUUUCAAUCGAAACCCUUCAAGCAAUUACUUACCAACCCCAGAGAAAAAGGGGUUUGCCUUUCAAUGAUCAAUCAAUAAUUCCUCUCUCAUUACCAAGGUUUUCACAUGGACGAAUCCGAACGGUACCCAAAAGAGUACGACAACCAACAGAGGGUGAACUCAACCUCCUCUGGAUCUUCUUCCUCCUCCACAACAAGCGUUCACGUGACCGCCCUUGACGGUCUGGUUAACGUUAAUUCCCUUUUCACGAUCGCCGUCUUUGUGGGUCUUUCUUUAACCACGCCAGGACAACGCAGCCUCGAGAAUCGGACAGCUUGUGAUGCCGGAAUCGAUGUCGUUAAAAAGCUCCUUGUUUUCGAGGUUGUUUCCUUCAGCUUCUUCCUCUUCUCUUCUCUAGUCGCUCAGGGGCUCAAGCUGGCAAUCAACUUGCUUAAUAGUAAAGAUGUUGAUGAGGCAUUCAGGGCACAUAUAAACCUCAAAGUGCUGCGUUUUGGGAUGCUGGGAUCUGCUGUGGGUUCGGUGAUGGGGUGCCUGUUCUUGAUGCUUUCAAUGGUGAAUGUGAUCGAGAUUCGGUUGGGGUUGUUGUCUUGUGGAAGUAAGAGCGCGGUUCAUGCCACAACGGCUUUGGUUAUCCUGGUUUCCUCUGCACUCUUGGUUUACAUUUCAACUGCUGUUUAUGCUUUUCUACACUAAAUUAUUCUCUGUGUCAUGGAAAUUUGCAUGAUUGUUGUGUAAUGGUACUAUCAGAUUGCAAAAAAAAAAAGGGAAGAUAUGGUGGCAUGAUUUGAAAUCUUGGGUAUUUAUUGUUGUUGAAAUUUUGUCUGAUGGAAUGUUUUAGAUUACUUUGGAUGGAGAUGGUGCUGUAUUCGUAUGUAAUUUCUGUUAUGCGAGUGCUUGAUCUGUUAGCAAUGGCAGAAUUUAGU